AUACACACGCUCACAGUUCCCAGCGCCACUCGUAAUAUUCCUAGGCUAGCAGUCAGGAAGGUGUAAGGAGAAAUGUAACAUGCGGUGGUUUGUAGAGCGUAAAGCGUGUAUGUGCAGGGGGGAGAGGGCUAUACGCUGUGAGAGGAGACUUGCAGUUGGCGGAGUGAGGCUAGACCCGCCUCCAUGUUACGUAAAAGUCCAAUCGGGCCGCCCGUCUGUGCUGGCUUGGGCGGUUCGCAGUACCUCACACGAGGAGUCUGCACAGUGCACACAGUAGCAAGCCGAAGUCGGCGGGGGGGGAUAUAAUCGCCAUUGACUGUGCUAAAUUCUCUGUUAUCAUGUCCGAAUUGACAAAGCAGCAGUUAAUAAAUGAGCUGGUGACCCACGGAGUAGAGCUACCUGCCUCCACAGCCAAGAAGAGCGAGUAUGUCAAGAUAUACGAAAAAUAUGUGGCCCCUGUUGCACAGUCCAAGGGGGAUUUCUCGUCAGACGAUGAGGAUUUACCGGUGAACGACGUGAAGGCUCAGGUCACGAUGGACACCAGCACAAUGGUGAUUAAUGGUCUGGAUGUCACCAGCCUGCACGAUGAUGACCUGUAUGCCAGACUACAGGACCUUGGCUCACCUGUUGGCCCCAUUGUGGACAGCACAAGAUCGGUGUACCAGAAGAAGCUGUUUGUGCUUCUGGGUGGUGAGGUCCCAGAGUCACCUACCUUCAAUGGGGAUGUGGAGCAGCAGGAGGAGGAGGAGGAAGAGUACUCUGACAGUGAGCCAGAGGCUGUGGUUGAUGCUCCCAUGCAGACACGCAACAGAGUGGUGACGGAGUCCUCCCGCACAACAACCUACAGUACUUCCUCGGGUACAUCUGCUGUCAGUCCUCCAGCCUCACAGUUGUCAGAAACACGUAGGCGGUUGCUCCACUCAGAUGGUAAUGACAAGGAGUCAUCGGGAAUGGUGUAUGACCCAGACCUGCACACCCCAUCCCCACGACGCUCUCUGCGCACUGUGACUUCCUCCUCCUCAGAAACCACCACCUACCGCAGGAUGGUCAACAAUGGCAAGACUUCCAGCAGUGCCAGAUUUGUCACUGAUUAUGGCAAGGAUGAAGUGGACAGUUCUCCAGCUCCUGGGAAGCUGUCCUCAGCUUUGCGGCUCCUAGUCAAGCUCCUCUUCCUGGCUCUCAUAAUUGCUGCUGCUCUCUACUUCUACCAGAACAACCCAACUGAGAGUCCUUUCAAGGCCAUAGAGGAGAUGGCUCGCCAGGCACUAGAGGCAGCUUCAGGGGAGGAGGUGACCACCUCUCCUGAGGAUGCAAAUGGACCUGCUGCUCUCCCACCCCCACAGCAGGCAGAAGUGAAAAAUUAGACCUCACAGUAUUAGAAUUAGAGCUCAGCGAUCCCCUGGUGGUCUUGGUGGAGUGGCAUGUACUAGCUAGUGUUGCCUCAAGCAGUGUCUUUGAGUAUGAGAACAAACCCAGGCCAAGAAAAUAUUGUUUGGUCUGUUUAAUGUAUUCUAAUCUAAGGUGUUAUCUGAAAUCGGAAAGAUAUUUGCGUGUUGAAUGUAUUUCUUAAUUGAUUAGAGAUUUAUAUUUCCAGUUUUUAAUAUGGGAAGGAAAGGCUUGUGGAGUUAUUUAUUUUCCUUAAUCACAUUUAAAACCAUAUUGGGGUAUCAGGCUUUAGAAGUAUUUUCUUUUAUACAUGCAAUAUAUAGAUCUUUGUUUAAUAGCAACAGCUAUUUUUCUUAAUCUGUUUUUCAUUCAUCCUUCAUUAUGAAAUCUCUAUUCUUAUGGACAUAAUCAGGCACCAGCUGCCUCUGUCUGAACUAUAAGUUUCCUUCCGUUCUUGUGUCUCCUCCAGCUUCUUUCCUACCUCAGCACAGAGAUCUAGCAUCAUUGCCUUUUUUCCUGUGUGAGGGAAUUAACCCUUUGUACACCUGACACACACAUCAAUAUUAUGUAUGCAGAAAGUGAAAUAUUUUGGGUACUCUAAAAGAUGACUGUCCCAAAGGAAUUGGCUGCUAGGUACUGGCUGUCGUGGGAGCCCUGUGUGCCCCGGCACAAGAAGUGGCAAUGGUGGCAUCUGUUCACAGCUUGAACACAAUGCUUCAGUAUUCAGGCUCUUGGCAGAUGCACAUAAUCUGUGUUUCUUGCAGAGUGAAGCCUCACUGAUUCAGAUCCCUUGAGAAUUCACAAUUUUGAUGUGAUAGGUAACAUGAACAUUCUUUGUUUACUGUGUAAAUUAGCAUGUAUUAGAAAUUGCUUGAAUCCCAUUCUGUAACAUUGUUCUUUAUUUACUGCUCUAGUUUCAGCAUGAGAUGCAAGGCAGGAAACAAUGAGGCUUUACUUGUUGGUGUAUUUGCCAUUCUCUGGUUUGAAACAAAUGUACAUAGAGUCUUACUGAUUUUUCUAAACCACUUAAUUUACACAAACAAGUGCUCAAAAUAGUCCUGAGUGAUCUGUGAAGGUUUUGAUAAUUGGUAGCUCCGUCCGACUGUAAAAGCCAUUAUGGGCAUUCUCCACUUUUUAAAAUUACUCUCAAGUUCAUAUACUUUUAAAAAUACUCAAGUUUAUCAGUUAAUCUGCAAAAAGCUUUGCUUUGAUAGUGUUGGUCUGUGUUUGAAUUUUCUUGAACUGUGUAACAGGAAAUUUAGGUUAACCCAAUAAACUCUAUACAGCAAAUCACUUUUGGUUGGUUUCUAAGUCUCUGUUUCAAGAAAGAUCAGUUAUUUUUUUCAUCUUCCCUGUUCCUUCACUGGCCUUCUCUGUGGUGAUGCUCUGAUGAGGCAUGAAGAUUUCUUAUAAGGUAAUAUAAAAAAAUUGAAGGACAUAUUUUGACAUUACUUAGCAGACCUGGCCACUAUAGCCUUAAGUGCCAGGCAAAAGUACCUUCAGUAUGAAGGAAAGUUUUAAUUUAAAGACCUUGGGCACUGAGGAUCUGCUUCACAUAAUGUUUGAAAUUUGGAUCUCAUUAUGUAUGACUUUCAUACAUUAUUAAAGCAAGCAUCAUUUGUAGUUGGUACUGGCAAUUAAAUUGUCAACCAGUGUAGUCCACUCUAGUCUAUAUUAAAGUCUAAAUGUGUACUUGGUAAUGAUAUGGUAGGAUAGUGCAGGUCAAUCAGACUCCACCAGGGCUGUGAUGCUCCAGGUCAACCAGACUCCACCAGGGCUGUGAUGCUCCUGUGAUGAUUGGACAACAUUUACUUGUUGACUGUCAGUGGUUCCAUCCCCAGUCACUCCCUCAUGGUAUAACCUUUUGGAUGAAAUUUUCAAUAUUCUGAAAUUGAUUUAUACUUAUGCAGGGAUGAAUCUAUACAACAGUUUGCAAACGAUUUUUGAAGUAAACAAUACAACAAACUUUUAGUUCUAUAUAACUGAUCAGUUAUGACAGUUUAGUUAAUGCAACAAAUAGUCUGUGAUGAGUAUGCUAACUGCCUCCAAAACCCAAGAUAUUCAGGCCUCAUAAGGACCAAAAUGUACAAAUGGAAGUAUUAAGAUAAGGAAGUGGUUCAUCAGUUUUGUAAUAGUAUCCUGUGUUUCUUAGUGAUGACUGAUUGUACACUAUGGAGCCUCUAGUGGUUUGCUAAGAGUUUGCAGACAGUCACUUGCAUUAAACCAGAAUAAACUUUUCCCCUCAUUUUCACUCAGGGCUAAUGAAUCCCUGCUUUUGUCAGAACUUCUAAAAAAUGUGAACGGAUUUUAUUUUUCUAUGUACCCUCAAUAAUGAGGGGGAAUUCUAACUCAAAGGACUUAUUGUAAUACACCAAUGCAUAUUUGUUACUUUUGAGUGAGUGACAAACCUUUUAAAGUCAAAACCUUCAUACUUUUUUGUAACAUUGAAUAAUAAAAAUCAAUCCUA